AUGUUUAAUUGCUGUUUAAAGAAUAAUUAAAAGCAUGACGAUGAUGAUAACGGCAAUAAAAAAAAGGAUAAAAGGCUAAAAAGUUAAAUAAAUAUGAAGACAAUCAACACUAAUGAUGAAUCUAUCUCUUAAUUAUAAGAUACAAAACAUUAUACAAAUAAUUUAACAGUAACAAAGACAGAUAUUUAGAAUAAUAUGAAUGCUAAUACAGGAAUACAUAAUUAAUAAGGGUAUAUAUCUGAAAAAAGUAUACUCUCUCAUUUGAAUAGUGAGAAGAAAAACCAUAGAGACACAGUAGAAACACAUAAUAACAAUAACAACAAUUAUAAUAGCUUUUUUACUUCUGGUAUGAAUACUCCUAAUUAUGACUAUAAUUUCAAAGGUUAAGAUAUCAAUUAAUCUGAUAAAAAAGGCAAUUAGUAAGUAGCAACUGAGAAGGAUAAAACAAUUGCUUGUUCUUUAGAUGCGAGUAAUUUAGAGCAUUUUUAAAAAAUUUUUGAAAAGAAGUAGGUAAAAGAUUAGUAAUUCGUGUAGCAAAUAGACCAGUAAGUAAAGCAAAGGUUUCUUUUGAAUAAAUUCUUUUUUUUGAGAGACUAAGGAAAUAAGUAUGUUACUCUUGCUUAUUGCAGUUAUUAAGCUUUUUAUGUUAAUGGCGGGACAUUUAAUUAUUCAUUAGCGUCAAAUAAGAGUACAUAAAGUAUCUUAAAUAACACUAGUUUAUUAUUCAAAGCAGCUCCUAAUUAGAAUUUAAAUGUUUCAAAGCAAAUAAAUACAAGCUAAGAUAGUAUAAAUUCUUAAAACAAUUCUACUAUCUUUACUACUAGUAAAGUACAAAAUAACAAUGUUGAUUUUUUAAACUACUAAAGUCUAUAUGCAAAAUUUAAAGUAGAUAUGGAUUAGACUGAAAAUUUCACACCUUAAAAAAUAGCAUUUCAUAUUGCCUAAAAAUUUAAAAAAUACCCUAUCUUAAUAGACGCCUGCUGUGGUAUUGGAGGAAAUACUGUGCAAUUUUCCAAAAUCAAUAAAUUUGUUUUUGCUGUUGACUAGAGCUAUAGAGCUAUUAAAACAUGCAAUGAAAACAUAAAAAACCACAAAUAAGAUGUCUCAAAUGUAGAAUUCAUUUAAGCAGAUUUUUUAUCAUUAGAGUGUGGCGAGCUAGGCUAAUUAAGAGCUGAUAUUGUAUUCAUAAAUCCACAGAUAGAUAUGAUUUCUGAAACAACAAAACCUGAUAUCUUUAAGCAUUCUUCUCCUAAUCUCUUAAAAGCAAUGAAAAAUGCAUACAGAAUGUCAAAAAACAUAGCUAUUCUACUACCCUAUUACAUAGAUAUAAACCAAAUUCCUAUAUUAUUGGAUAAGUUUUAUAGAAUCUACAGAAAUUUUCCUUUAGACAUGAUUUAACAUCACUGCCCUCACAUAGAGAUUAUUUAUAUGAAUGGAAAAAUUAAGUAUUUCUUGAUUUUAUUAGGUGACGCAUCUAAGAUAUCUUAAGAAGAUGAAAUUAAAUUUCUCCAAGAGUACAUAUUAGAUAAUAGUCCAUAUAAAGGACCUUAUGAAGAAAAAGUGUUAGAGUUGUUAAAUACUAUAUUAAGGAAAGUAGGUAUGUUUAAAUUAAUUAGAUGUUUAGCUAAAUCAAUUGAUAUCAAUGAUCUUUAGAAGUAAAAAAAUUUACUAAAUUCUUUUAGUGAUGAAUUAGAAAAAGAGGGCAUUAUCCAUCAAAAAGAAAUCAAAAAUAUGUUAAAUUUAACAAACAAUAUUUCAAAUGUUUGUGAAAGUGCUUCUGACUUAGUAGGGUCUCCAAACUAAUUUCCAAACAGUUUCACAUCUUAAUAAAGCUUUUAGUUAAAUGUUUAAUAAGGUUCUCUUGUAUAAUCUUAGGAAUUAAAUUAAUAGUUACCAAAAGCUACUAGCUCAAAGUAAAUAUCAUUUGAUAAGGAUUCAUAAAGCAACUCAUUUUAUGGAGGAGGAGUAGAAAGCAGUCUCGGAGAUUUGUUAGAAAAAAAAGAUAGCUUAAGUGAAAAUGAUAUUUCUGAUAAUUACUCCAAUAAUGAAAGUGAUUUCUAUUUCGAUGAAUAUAAUAACAUUCCAAUAGAUGGAAAUAAAAUUAAUUUAAAUGUAAAUAAUCAAAUAAAGUCAAUUUGA